CCUCUGUUUCAAUGUUUCCGAAGUCGAGCCCGAGAGUAGCUGGGGGCACCAUCUCCGUCUUCAUGGCACAUCGCCCACAAAUGGCUAGUCGCCUCGUCUUAGCCCGUGUCGCCGAGCACUCUUCGACCGGAGCACGGCGCGGACAACUCCUCUCUCGUGGAUCUCAUCGCCAUCCUCCCCUCUACCGGUUAUGUGUGAGGAGGACUAGGAGGAUGAUUUCAUCAUGUUCAGCAUAUACUGAGAAGAGUUUGGUAGGAGAAAAUGAUAAAAUGCAAAAGAAGGAAAGGAAGGCUAGAAUAAAGAAAGAGCUACGGGAGCCAGAAGUUUUGUCAUCUCCAUACGACACGGCAUGGGUGGCUAUGGUGCCCUUGCAAGGUUUCCCUCAAGCUCCCUGCUUCCCUCAAUGUGUUGAAUGGAUAUUGCAAAACCAAUGGAAUAAUGGAUCUUGGGGUAUUAAUGAAUACGACUUAUCAACCAACAAGUCUAGUCUCUUAUCGACAUUGGCAUGCAUUAUUGCACUUAAGAAAUGGAAUGUUGGUCCGGAGCACAUCAUGAGAGGACUACAUUUUGUCGGUAGAAAUUUCUCUAUUGUUAUGGAUGAGCAGAUAGUUGCUCCUAUAGGCUUCAAUAUUAUUUUUACUGGUAUGUUUAACCUAGCCAUUGGGAUAGGUUUGGAAUUUCCUAUAAAACAAUAUGAGUUUGAUGCUUGUCUUCACAUCAGGCAGAUGGAAUUGAACAGACUUGCUGGGGAUAAAUCUUACGGGAGAGAAGCAUACAUGGUUUAUAUUGCUGAAGGGUUAGGAAACACCCUGGAUUGGGAUGUAGUCAUGAAGUUUCAGAGGAACAAUGGAUCUUUGUUCAACUCUCCUUCCGCAACUGCCGCUGCAUUAAUAUAUAAUUAUAAUGACAAAGCCCUCCAAUACUUAAAUUUGCUUGUUGGUAAAUUUGGUAGUUCAGUACCACCGGUGUUCCCAAUAAACAUAUAUUGCCAGCUUUCAAUGGUGGAUUCACUUGAGAAGACUGGAAUAUCUCGUCAUUUUUCAAGUGAGAUAAAGAGCAUCCUAGAUAUAACAUACAGUUUGUGGUUACAGAGAGAUGAUGAAAUCAUGUUGGAUGUAGAAACAUGUGCAAUGGCAUUUCGCAUUUUACGGAUGAACGGAUAUGAUGUUUACUCGGAUGAGUUAUCCCAUGUUGCUAAAGCCUCUGCUUUCCAUAGUUCACUUCAAGGAUAUCUAAAUGAUACAAAAUCUUUACUAGAACUAUACAGAGCUUCAAGAGUUAGUGUAUCAAAAAAUGAACCAAUUCUUGAUGACAUAGGCUUCUGGUCAAGCAGCUUAUUACUGGAAAGGAUGUGUUCUGAUGAGGUGGAGUACACCCUCAAGUUUCCCUUUUAUGCCACAAUGGAACGUCUAGACCAUAGGAGGAACAUCAAAUGCUUUGACGCUAGGGGUUAUAAGAUGCUAAAGACGACAUACUUGCCAUGUCGUGUAAACGAAGACCAUCUUGCUUUGGCUGUUGAAGAUUUCAACUAUUCUCAGUUUAUUUACCAGGAUGAACUCCUCCAUCUUGAAAGUUGGGUGAAAGAGAACAAGUUGAACCAGCUACAGUUUGCAAGGCAGAAACAGACAUAUUGCUACCUCUCUGCUUCUGCUACCAUAUUUCCUCCAGAACUAUCUGAUGCUCGCAUUUCAUGGGCUAAAAAUUCUGUGCUCGUUACUGUUGCUGAUGACUUCUUCGAUGUUGAGGGAUCAAAAGAAGAGUUAGAAAAUCUGGUAGCGUUAGUUCAGAAGUGGGAUGAGUACCAUGAACUUCAGUUUUGCUCCGAGACAGUAAGAAUAUUAUUUUUUGCUAUCUAUACUACAGUGAAUCAGCUUGGGGAGAGGGCUUCUGAGGUACAAAACCGAGAUGUUAGGAAACACCUGGUAGAAUUGUGGAUACAAACAUUGAGGUCUGCGUUAACUGAAGCAGAAUGGGUGAGAAGCCAAUACGUGCCCACAGUUGAUGAGUACAUGAUAAAUGCAAAUACCUCCUAUGGGUUGGGGCCUAUUGUACCCCCGUCAUUGUAUUUGCUCGGACAUGAAAUUCUGGAGACAGUUGUUAAAGAUCAAGAGAUGAAUGAGUUAUUCAGGUUAAUGAGCACUUGUGGCCGUCUCUUGAAUGACAUCCAAGGUUUUGAGAGAGAGGGCAGCCAGGGAAAAGUGAAUAGUGUCUCACUACAUGUUGGUUACAGUGAUGGCUCCAUGUCCUCAGAAGCGGCUAAAAAGUUGGUACGAGAGUCUAUAGCCUCGUGUCGGAGAGACUUGCUCAAGUUGGUUCUUAUGAAAGAUAGCGUUGUUCCUAAGGUAUGCAAGGAGCUGUUCUGGAAGAUGUGCAAGGUAAAUCACUUGUUUUACUCUCAGACAGAUGGAUUUAGCUCGCCAAAAGAAAUGGUCGGCGCAGUGAACGCAGUUAUCUAUGAGCCUCUCAAACUCCAAAUCUGCGAUCCAUCUUUGAAGCUAAAUCAGAACAAUAAGGAUUUCCUAAAGAAUCGCGCACUUUUCUCAAAAGAAGAAAAAAAAGAGGGAUCUGGUACACCAUAAGAAUACCUGCUUAGUUUUUAAAGAGGAUGCCUGCUUAGUUAUGAGGUGGUACAGAAUGAAUUACUUCCUCCAUCCCACAAGGGUCUAGAUCGUGGGACAGAGGGA